UCGUUAACGCAAUCGGAAUCGCUAACUCAGCCAUUUGGCAUAUACUUUUGGCAUCCUUUUGGCUGAUAUUUCGCAUGAAUUUAACGCUUGGCAUAGGUCACGUAGUGCACGUGCUGGACUCUCACGCCACUCACGACACGCUUUUUUGAUCAACUGCGAGUUCGAGUGCCAGAGCUAGUGCGAGUGCGAGUGCGGUUGACAUUCGAUUUACUUUCGCUGCAAGUUGGCCAGCAGCAUAGCAUACUUUUUGGCAGCUCCACACGCGCUGCGUCUCGGUCGAUAUUUGCAUAAAUUAAAAAUAAAAGAGAACUCAUAUAGAAAAAACCACAUUGAAAAGCAAAAGAAAAAAAAACAUACAUACAGAGUCUGCUUAAUGAGUUUUUAAUACGCUACCACGUUUCCGUGUGUUUGCGUGUGUGUGUGAGUGUGAGAGUGUGUGUGGCACAGCCAAAGAGAACUGGGAACUAAAAGUCAUUGUCACUGGAUUUGUGGCUGACGUAGCUGCUAAUUUAUUGAGCCCCGUAAAAGACUUGCCAAAGCGACUGAAUAAAAAACUAAUUCAAAGUGAACUCCAACUAAAGGCGACAUUUGCUUGGCCCACAAACUUUUUGUUUGGGUUUGCACUCGAGAGUGGAAGAGUGAGAUAUUCAUAAAAGAACAGCUCUAACGACACCCAGGCGUCACUCUCGCUUGCCUGCUGGGAGUGUGUGAAGAGAAAGGAACAGCGCAUUAGUCAGCGGAAAAAAUCUACAGCACUGCAGAGGUCCGUACGUGACGCGGUCCUUUUUAUACACUUAAUCAAAAGCCCCAAGCCAAGGACUUGCGGCCCGCUUUCUCAAUGUUGCCGCAUCAUCAAGAGCGCCACAGAAUGUGGAAGCUGCUGGGCUUGCUGCUGCUGUUGAGCAGCUGCCUCGUGGCGCCCGUUGGGGCACGUUCGCGGGACAAGGAGGAGCGACGCGGCAAUCGCGGACGUAGCAGCAAUGCAGGCGCCUCCGCAUCCGCAUCGGCCGUGACCAGCAAUAACAAUGGCGGCUACUAUACUAGCAACUCGGCCUACGGGAGCAGCAGUGGCAGCAGCUCGUUGACAGGCAUCACUGGCUACAACGGACCCAUCGAUAGCACCGGCUUUUGCAUGCGCCGUCGUGACAUGAAGCUCAUGUGCUACUGCACACCCGACGAGAAUCAUAUGCCCGUCCAGAAGGCUGAGUGCUGGGUAUUCUCAGAGGGACUGCAUCAGAAUGAUACCACCUGGACGCGCUUCUAUCAGCAGAAACGUUUGCGCGAACUCAAGUUUGUCAUACAGAACAACGCACGACUGGACUACAUUCCCACCAUGAUCAUUGAGCCGCUGAAGAAUCUAAGUAGCAUUGUCAUCGAGUACUCGCAGGUGGAGAUUGUUAAGAGCUAUGCCUUUGCCAAUUUGCCCUUCCUUGAACGCAUCAUUUUGAACAACAAUCACAUUAUGGCGCUCGAUCAGGAUGCCUUUGCCAAUCAUAUACGUCUGCGUGAACUGAAUCUUGAGCACAACCAGAUCUUCGAAAUGGAUCGCUAUGCAUUCCGCAAUCUGCCGCUGUGCGAGCGACUCUACCUGAACAACAACAAUAUUAGCACUCUGCACGAAGGUCUCUUUGCGGACAUGGCGCGGCUGACCUUCCUGAACUUGGCCCACAAUCAGAUAAAUGUCUUGACCAGCGAGAUCUUCCGAGGAUUGGGCAACUUGAAUCUGCUCAAAUUGACGCACAACAAUCUCAAUUUCAUUGGCGAUACGGUCUUUGCUGAGCUAUGGAGCCUGUCUGAGCUGGAACUGGACGAUAAUCGCAUUGAGCGUAUUUCGGAACGUGCUUUGGACGGUUUGAACAAUUUGAAAACUUUGAAUUUGCGCAAUAAUUUACUAAAGAAAAUUGACACCGGUUUGUUGCGUGGCACACCGGCUCUGCUGUCAAUCAAUGUGCAGGCAAACAAAUUGGAAACUCUCACCUUCUACACAUUCCAGCCAAUUAUGGACAAUUUGGUCAACAGCACCAGCGAGCUGUUGGUGUCAGACAACAAAUUCAUUUGCGACUGUCGUCUACAGUGGAUCUUUGAAUUGAAAAAUCGCACACGUCACCAGCAGCUGCGCGACUCAUUGGAGAAUUUCAUUUGUGCACUGCAGGAGCCGAAGCUGUCGCACUUCGUCGAUCCGGUGCCAUCGCACAUACUCGAUCUGUUAAACUUUGGCGGCUUCACAGCGAUUGGCAGCAACAGCGCCAGCAUGGGCGGCAUUGGCACCAGCAGCAGCAGCAACGGCAUCAGCAACUAUGCUAAUCUGGAGGAACUGAGCAGCAACAAUGGGCUGACCAUGAAAAAGCACACGUCGAGCAAAUCGCGACAGGCGUUGCGCGGCCAGCGACAAUUUACGGACAAUGCUGAAAAUGUGGUCGAGUCGAAGCUGCGAGUGCGUCGCAAGCGUCAACAGCAACCCGAACCGGAGAUAGGAGGCGUCGCUGCCGUGGCGCAAACACAAAAACGUUUUGACUACUACGACGAGGCCAAUGGCAACGGACACGCAUCGGGCUUAGGCCUGGCACAUGGCUUGGACAUGGAUGAUAAUCUGAAUUUGCAUAAACAAAGCAGUUUCUAUGGCGCCUCUGGACUGGCUCACAACGAUGUUGACUUGCAGCAGCAGCAGCUGCAGCCACAAGCUGGCGAUGCACUCGAUGCUCUGGCCAACAAGAACUCGAUAAACGUUCAUCUCUUCAUACUAAAGCCGGAAAUGCUGCCCUGCCACGAUGAGCUGAGCGAUCCCACCGAGUUGCCAUUGUCCCGUGACCUAAUGGAUGUGCGCAGCAAUGCGGGCCAAGAUCUGCUCAUCAAUGGAGCAAACACAAUGCAGGUGCCACUUGGACUACUACUAAGCACUCCAAUGCUGUUGCUGCUGCUGCUCAGUCAGGGUUGAGCACACAUGAAGUCGCUCUUCAGCCCAUAUGAGUUUUAAUUGUAAAUACUCGUGAGCAUUCAUUUGGUUGUUCUACAGCAAAAAUAAACUAAAUACUAAAGAUCUUUUCAUAUGGAUACAGAGUAGAACUUUUGGAAACGAGCUUCAAAAAAAAAACACACACAAAACAAAACCCAAAAAAAAAGAUGAAAGAGAAAGAAAACUAAA